AUGGCGCGCGCCGAGUACACGCUGCGCAGCCUGGGCGCGGGCGCGGGCGAGCGGCGGCGGCCCGAGGCGGACGCGGGCGCGGCCGGCGAGCGCAGCCUGCUGGCGGGCGCGGAGCUGGAGCGCGCGGCGCGGCGGCGCUUCGGGCGGGCCGGGCCGCCCGCGCUGCUGCUGGCGGCGGCCGGCUGCGCGGCGCUGGGCGGGCUGCUGCUGGGCUACGACACGGGCGUGGUGGCCGGCGCGCUGCUGCCCCUGCGCCGCCGCCUGCGCCUGUCCGCGCUCUGGCAGGAGCUGCUCGUGGCCGGCGCGGCGGGCGCGGCCGCGCUCGCGGCGCUCGCGGGGGGCGCGCUCAACGGCGCGCUGGGCCGCCGCGCCGCCGUCCUGCUGGCCAGCGCGCUGUGCGCCGCGGGCUCCGCGCUGCUGGCCGCCGCGGCCGCCAAGGAGACGCUGCUGGCCGGACGCCUGGUGGUGGGGCUCGGCAUCGGCCUGGCGUCCAUGACGGUGCCCGUCUACAUCGCCGAGGUGUCCCCGCCCCACCUGCGCGGCCGCCUGGUCACCGCCAACACCCUCUUCAUCACCGGGGGCCAGUUCUUCGCCAGUAUCGUCGACGGGGCCUUCAGCUGCCUGCAGAAGGACGGAUGGAGGUACAUGCUGGGCCUGGCGGCCGUCCCGGCAGCCGUGCAGUUCCUCGGCUUCCUCUUCCUGCCUGAAAGCCCGCGGUGGCUCAUCCAGAAGGGACAGACGCAGAAGGCGCGCAGGGUCCUGUCCCAGAUGCGCGGCAGCCAGACCAUCGACGAGGAGUUCGAGAGCAUCCGCAGCGGCGUGGAGGAGGAGGCCAAGGAGGCCGGCUCAGCAGGGCCCGUGAUCUGCCGGAUGCUGAGCCACCCGCCGGUGCGCCGAGCCCUGGCCGUGGGCUGUGGGCUGCAGAUGUGCCAGCAGCUGGCGGGCAUCAACACCAUCAUGUACUACAGCGCCACGAUCCUGCAGAUGGCGGGGGUGGCCGAUGACAGGCUGGCCAUCUGGCUGGCCUCCCUGACUGCCUUCACCAACUUUGUCUUCACGCUCGUGGGCGUCUGGCUGGUGGAGAAGGCGGGCCGCAGGAAGCUGACCCUGGCCAGCCUAGCCGGCACCACGGCCGCACUCCUCGUCCUGGCGCUGGGGUUCCUGCUGUCCGCCCGCGUGUCCCCGCACGUCUCCCUCAGGCCGGCGGCCCCGCCAGGACAGAACUCGUCCUGCACCCGGUACAGUGUCUGUGAGGACUGCAUGCUGGACCCAGGCUGCGGCUUCUGCUACAAGCUCAACGGGUCCACGGUCAGCGAGGCCUCGUGCGUGCCGGUCGGGGAGACUUCCAGCAGCGAGGCUGCCUGGGGCCGGUGUGAGAACGAAACCAGCUUCAAGGCCGAGGAGGUGUUCUGGGCCUACAACUUCUGCCCCACGCCCUACUCCUGGACGGCGCUGCUGGGCCUCAUCUUGUACCUGGCCUUCUUUGCGCCUGGAAUGGGGCCCAUGCCCUGGACGGUGAACGCGGAGAUCUACCCGCUCUGGGCCCGGAGCACGGGCAACGCCUGCUCGUCCGGCGUGAACUGGGUCUGCAAUGUGCUGGUCUCGCUGACGUUCCUGCAUGUGGCGGAGCGCUUGACCUACCACGGAGCCUUCUUCCUCUACGCCGGGUUUGCGGCCCUGGGGCUCCUGUUCGUCUACGGCUGCCUUCCUGAGACCAAGGGGAAGACGCUGGAGGAGAUCGAGUCGCUCUUCGACGGCCGGCUGUGCUCGUGCGGCGCGGAGGACGCGGGCGAGGGCCGCUACAUCGAGUACAUCCGUGUGAAGGGCAGCAACUACCACCUGUCCGACAACGAUGCCUCCGACGUGGAAUAGGCACCGGGCGCCUGGCCUGGCAUGGGGGCGCACCCGACUCCUGCCGCAGCCGGCUUUCAACACUUUCAUGUUCUGGAAUAUUCCAACAGGUGGAAGAGAAAACCAGGAGGGCCUUUUUUCACAAGAGACACACAAGAAACCAGCAUAUGCAAGGACGCCCACUGAUAGAUACCCUGGCACCGUGUGCGUGUCCCCAAGACAGUGGCUGUGGGUAUCGCGUCCACUAUGGCCAGUGGCACCCAUUUCUCCUGAGACCACCCAGAAUCACGAGGGCAAAGGUCCGGCCCGGCCACAGACGCGGGGCUCUGGGGUGGGGUCCGGGGUGUCCUGUCGGAAUGCGGCCACUGGCACUCCUCGCCCUGGGGACCAGCUGCAGCUCGCCCUGACCGGCUGGGGGAGGCGCAGCAGCCCUGCGGGGAGCACCAUCCCCGGCCCCCAGGGUCCGCACUUACGGCCACCACCACCCCCAGUGUGGCCUGAGCGCCCACCAUCGCCACGCAGAGCGGGCGGCCCUGCCAGCCCUUUGCACAGGGUGCGGGCUCCGACCCCCAAGUGCAGGAAGAUGUCCCCCCGGCCCCCCACAGCUGUCCAGUCCAAGGCCCCACCUCCACCCGCCGGGUCCUGGGAGGAUGGACAGCAGCUCCGGCGAGGGAGGGCCCUGGCGGCGUGGGUCAGUCACAGCGGGGCUUGCUCUUUGGCUUGACCUUUGUUUUUUUGCCCUCCUGGGGCGCUGUCCCCGCUUACUGAGGCGUCAUUUUUAAUGAAAACAUAAAAAAGCAGUUAUUUUGGAUCCCUUCUCAGUUUCCCUGGAAUUGACCCAAAAAACCUAAAAACAACCCAGAUUUAUAAUGUUUUCUUUUUUCUUCACAGUGAGAAUUUUGUUCCUUUUUUCCAAAAGUUGGGGUUUCCGGGGGCAACGAGGGGGGCGGCCCGGUGCUGCAUGUAAGGGAUAGAGGCGGGGCAGCUCCGAGCGUUCUCCCAGUGUCCACCGCGUUCUGCGCCCGUGGGCCAGCGAGCUCUGGCCAC